ACAUAAUAUAAACAAGUGCUCGCGGACUACAUUCUCUCAUCCCCUACACAGCUUCUCGAUCGCCAUUAAAACUCUCUGAGCAGUAUGAGCGGUACACCUAAUAAGAGGGUGCAUGACGAUAGUGGAGGUCAUUCCUCCAUUUCAAGAUAUCCCCCGCACACCCAGGAUGAUUCUGGCUUACCCGUAUACCCAAAGAUAUCAACUCAAUCUGCUCCCAGUGAUUACCAUGCUGCUUCUUUUGAUAUGGGGCAGGAUUCACGUAUGCCAAAAGUCCCCCGGACUGAAGUAGAUAGUAGAAGAUCCCCGUUGCAUUCGGUGUAUCGUAUGCAACCAUCAUCUUUGAAUGACUCCCAAUCUGUUCAUGCAGCUAAGCCUGAAGAAAGGGUUGAUACUAGGGAUAGUAAUACCAAGGUUGAGAACCGUGAUGUGAAGGCAGAGUCAAAAGAGUUGUAUCAAGGUGCUAAAAGUGAUAAGGAUAUUAGGUAUACAAGCAGAGGGGAUGAUCAUAAAGACGUAAAGUAUGAGAGAGAUGCUUAUUCUGAUUAUAGAAAUGAACCAAAGACAGAUAAGGAUGCAUAUGAUCCAUGGAAAGAAUUCAAAGAAUCAAAAGAUCACCACAGGACAUGGAAGUAUCCUGAUACAUCAGAUGGAGUUUCGGAUGCAUAUCGUGCGGCACACAGUAGUCAUGUUCGUGGACACAUCGAGACUACAAAAGAAAACUUGACCACCGAAGCGAAAGAUUACACUGAAACACAUGAGGCUGUUUCUGAAAACAAGGUUGAUGUGAAAGCCGAGGAUAGGCUCAAAGAGAGGGAUAGGAAGAGGAAAGAUGGAAAACACCGGGAAUGGGGAGAUACUAACAAAGAUAGAACCGAUGGUCGGAGUAACAUCAAUAUUGAGAUGAAAGAUCCAAGUAAAGAAGAAAGAGAAGCUGACAAGUGGGAGUAUAAAAAAGAUUUACAGAAGGAAAAAGAUAAAGUGAAAGAUAAAGAGAAAGAGGGUUUGCAGAAUGAGAAGGAAGAUGCAAUUGUAUCAUCAUCCAGAGCUUUGGAACAGGGAAAUCUAUCAUUGGAGCAAAACAAACCAAAGGACUUAGAUAAGGAAUCUAAAGAUAAGGGGAUGGAGAGAGAUGUGGAUGUUGAAGGGGAGAGAUCUGAAAGACGCAACAAAGGAUUUGAUAAAGAUUCGGAUGAUGGAGGUAUGGAUGUGGAAGGGAGUGCUGAUAGAGAGAGGGAUGCUUUCAAUUAUGGUGUUCAACAACGAAAAAGGAUGCUUCGACCCAGGGGCAGUCCACAGGUUGGAAAUCGAGAUCCACGUUACAGAUCUCGCCAGGAUAAUGAUGGGUCUACUGGAAAAGGUGAUGUAUCAACUGUUGUUUAUAGAGUUGGUGAAUGCAUGCAAGAAUUGAUAAAAUUAUGGAAGGAAUAUCAACCAUCAAACACAUCUGAAAGCUCAAAAACUGGCCCUACUCUAGAGAUCCGUAUACCUGCUGAGCAUGUUUCAGCUACCAACCGACAAGUUAAAGGUGGGCAGCUCUGGGGAACAGACAUAUACACUGAUGACUCUGAUCUUGUUGCUGUUUUGAUGCACACUGGCUACUGUCGCCCAACUGCAACUCCACCUCCACCUGCUAUUCAGGAGUUACGGGCUACUGUCAGAGUCCUUCCCCCCCAAGAUUGUUAUAUAUCUACACUACGAAAUAAUGUGCGCUCUCGUGCAUGGGGAGCAGCUAUUGGGUGCAGUUACCGUGUAGAGCGAUGUUACAUCGUGAAGAAAGGUGGUGGGACAAUUGAUCUUGAACCCUGUCUUACACAUACAUCCACUGUGGAACCUACUCUCGCUCCUGUUGUUGUGGAACGCACAAUGACUACCAGAGCUGCAGCUUCGAAUGCGCUGCGUCAACAAAGAUUUGUGCGUGAAGUUACAUUACAAUACAACCUUUGUAAUGAACCAUGGAUCAAGUAUAGUAUAAGCGCUAUAGCGGACAAAGGUCUGAAGAAGCCUUUAUUUACUUCUGCAAGAUUGAAGAAGGGUGAAGUUCUGUACCUGGAAAGCCGUAUACGCAGGUACGAGCUUUGCUUCAAUGGGGAGAAGUUAGUGAAAGCGGCAAAUGAGACAGAGACAAAUGGUGCAGAUAGUGAUAAUCAUAACAGCAAUAAUAAUAACAAUAUGAUGGAUGUAUUUAGAUGGUCCGAGUGUAAGAAGCCUCUUCCUCAGACCGUUAUGCGCUCUAUUGGCAUCCCAUUGCCACCUGAACAUCUACAGGUGAUAGAAGAGAAUCUUGAUUGGGAGGACAUCCAAUGGUCACAGACCGGUGUUUGGAUUUCUGGAAAGGAGUAUCCACUUUCUCGGGUCCAUUUUCUAUCCCCCGUCUAAAAUUGUCACCUGGCAAUAAUGAUGUUGUGAUUUACAAACAAGACCUGAUGUUGUUUGAAAAUGUUUAUGUUAUUUCUGCUACUAUUUAAAACAUGUGUGAUAGGGAGUUUCAGACAUGUUUCCAACUUUAGGUUGUUUUUAACUGUUGGUGACAAAAUAGAUUGUUAGGUUUUUUUCGUUAGUUUUUUUUAUUGACGAUAUUUAUAAAUACAUAGUAAAGUUAUCUACAUUUUUCGAA